AUUUUCAAAAAAAUUCUUAAAUUUUAAGAAUAAAUAUGAAUAUUGUACUAAACUAUUGUGAUAAAUAUAUAUUAUCACCCUUUAUAUAUUCUAAUAACUGGCCAGAGAAUAAUAUUUGGCGACAGCUAUUAUCUUUAACUGUGAUUGUUAAUAGUGGUGCUGCACUUAUAUAUAUUCUUGCAGCAACCCUUAGUUAUUAUUUUGUAUUUGACCAAACAUUGAAAAAGCAUCCGUUAUUUUUAAAGGAUCAAAUUUUUCUAGAAAUUAAUUAUGCCCUAAGAUCAAUUCCACUGAUGAGUAUACCUACCUUGGUGAUUUUUAUGCUUGAAAUUAGAGGGUAUAGCAAAUUAUAUGAUAAUCUUACUUUAUCCAAAUAUGGUUACUGCAGUCUAGUGAUGGAAGCCAUAUGCUUCAUAGCCUUUACUGAUGCUCUGAUAUACUGGAUCCACCGGAUGCUUCACUACCCCCCAGUUUAUAUCAAAUUCCACAAGCAACAUCACAAGUGGAAAGUGCCUACCCCCUUUGCCAGCCAUGCAUUUCACCCUCUUGAUGGCUUCGCCCAAAGCCUCCCUUACCAUAUCUAUCCCUUCCUUUUUCCUCUCUCUUCUCAUCUCUACCUCCUUCUCUUCGUAAGCGUUAACGUGUGGACCGUGAGUAUCCACGACGGGGUUUAUUCGGUUCCCACACGGCUAAAGUGGGCCAUCAAUGGCGCCGCCCAUCACACCGAUCACCAUCUGUUUUAUCGUUAUAAUUAUGGGCAGUUUACAACUAUUUGGGACCGUAUAGGUAGGACUUACAAAGAUCCCUCUAGUUGGAACGGCACCGGACCGGCCGAUUUAGUCAGAGUAAUAUUGAAUCAAGUGAAUGGGAUCAAUUGUUCCACCAAUGAUGCAUCACGGAAAAGAGAAGGGUACGAGAAAGUGACGAAUGAAGGGAAGAAGAAGGUACUUUGA